AUGCAGAAAAGCCAUCAUCGCAAGUUGAAGCCUGAAAAUCCAUGGUUUCUGGCCAUGGUUAUGGUGGGAUUGAUCAGCAGCGCGUUGCUUAUUGCUUCAUUUUUAAGGGGAAAUGCUUCUUCUACAGUAUUUUGUAAUGGUGGUACACGGCGGUCGGCCACCGUCGGGGACGUGACUGAGCUCCAGCUUGAAGCCAUUCUCCAUUACGCGACGUCGAAGGUGAUCCCACAGCAAAAUAUUGAUGAGAUACGACUCUCUUACGACGUUCUCAGAUCUCUUUCUCCGUGCAAUUUCCUCGUGUUUGGACUGGGUCACGAUUCCCUCAUGUGGGCCUCUUUCAACCCUCGCGGAACCACCUUAUUCCUCGAGGAGGAUCCCAGGUGGGUCCAGACAGUGCUCAAAGACGCCCCUGGCCUCCGCGCCAACACCGUCAACUACCGCACCAAGCUGUCCGACGCCGACAACCUCCUCUCGCACUACCGCAAUGAACCGGACUGUUCGCCGACAAAAUCUUUCAUCCGCGGUAAUAGCAAAUGCAAAUUAGCACUGAAUAUGCUACAGGACGAGGUGUACGAUAAGGAGUGGGACAUUAUAAUGAUUGACGCGCCGCGUGGGUAUUUCCCAGAAGCGCCGGGGAGGAUGGCAGCUAUUUACUCCGCCGCCGUGAUGGCGAGGAAUAGGAAAAGUCCUGGCGUGACCCACGUGUACUUGCAUGACGUGGAGCGCAAGGUGGAGAAGGUUUACGCAGAAACCUUCUUGUGUAAGAAGAAUCUGGUGAAGGCUGUGGGGAAGCUAUGGCAUUUCGAGAUUCCACCAACAGCAACGAUGAACAGUGUGUUUUGCUAG